GAUGAUGUAGCAAUGGACCUUAUUGAAGAAGAGCUUGGUCAGCCUUGGCAUAAGAUUUAUUCUGAGCUUACUCCUUCACCAAUUGCUGCUGCAUCCUUGGGACAAGUGUACAAGGGUAGGCUAAAAGAGAAUGGUGAUUUGGUAUCUAUUAAAGUACAAAGACCAUUUGUUCUUGAGACCAUGACAAUAGAUCUAUUUAUUAUCAGGAAACUGGGAUUAAUAUUGCGAAGGUUCCCACAGGUAAUUUAUCAUCUGCUUAUUCUGAACGUUUGAAGCUGCACGUUCAUUACUAUAACUUGGAUUGAUUCAAACGUUACAGAUUUCCAUAGAUGUUGUUGGGUUAGUAGAUGAAUAGGCUGCCCGCUUUUUCGAGGAGCUUAAUUAUGUGAAUGAAGUAGAAAAUGUAAUUAUCUUUGCAAAAAUGAUGAAGAAAUACCU